CAGUCGUAAUGAAGACAGCUCUGAGUUUGGUACUUGUUGCUGCCUUGUACACCCGGAAUGUGUACUGUAGCUACUACCACGGACCCACCGCCAAGCCUGUCGUCCUCCACAAUGGCUACCUGGAAGACACCCAAGAGGUAGCAGCAGCCAAGAACGCUCAUCUCGCCGCUCUAGCCAAGGAAUCUCACUACGGAGGAGACUAUGGAUACGGUCACGGCGAGGAAUACAGUGGACCUUAUGACGGUCAUCAUGGAGACAUCAGAUACCACGGACCCACCGCCAAACCUGUCGUUCUCCACAACGGAUACCUGGCAGACACCCAUGAGGUAGCAGCAGCCAAGAACGCUCAUUUCGCCGCUCUAACCAAGGAAUCUCACUACGGAGGAGACUACGGAUACGGUCAUGGGCAGGAAUACAGUGGCUCUUAUGACGGCCAUCAUGGAGACAUCAGAUACCACGGACCCACCGCCAAGCCUGUCGUUCUCCACAACGGCUACCUGGCAGACACCCAUGAGGUAGCAGCAGCCAAGAACGCUCAUCUCGCCGCUCUAACCAAGGAAUCUCACUACGGAGGAGACUACGGAUACGGUCAUGGGCAGGAAUACAGUGGCUCUUAUGACGGCCAUGAUGGAGACAUCAUAUACCACGGACCCAUCGCCAAGCCUGUCGUUCUCCACAACGGCUACCUGGCAGACACCCAUGAGGUAGCAGCAGCCAAGAACGCUCAUCUCGCCGCUCUAUCCGAAGAAUCUCACUACGGAGGAGACUAUGGACACGGCCAUGGCCAGGAAUACAGUGGCUCUUAUGACAGCCAUCAUGGAGACAUCAGAUACCACGGACCCAUCGCCAAGCCUGUCGUUCUCCACAGGGAACAUCAUCUGCAAAAUUUCAAUGGAAUUUUUGAACCAUAUCAUUACAAAAACUACUGA